UUUAUCAAGCGAAAGUAGCAUUUUUAGCGAGAACGAUCUAGAAGUGGAAGAGUUUGGAUGACGGACUUUUUUAGCGCGAUUUCCGGUUGAAAACGCGUAGGAUAUUUGGGUGCGACCGCGUCACGUUGAGAAUUUUCGAUUAUUCGCGUCCGCCAGGCAUGCGUAACGUGAUGAAGUAACGCAGCCGAUUGCACGGCAACGAAUCGAGAUGUUAACCUGUUCUUUUGCUGAUUAAGACUUACUGGCAAAGUAGUAACCGGAAAUCUGUUUUUCAUUUUCGCGUUCAAGAUGCUGCUUCUUCUCGCCGCUCUGUCCUGCAUUAUUCAGCAUUCCUUGGGCUAUAACCUAGAGACUGAAUUACCAGUAAUUAGACGGGGUGAUACGGGAAGCUACUUUGGAUUUUCGGUUGCCAGCCACUCAUAUAAAGAUUUUUCUACACCGCAGAGAAAUCAUUCUUGGAUGCUGGUCGGUGCCCCUAAAGGCAACAGAACAGCUUUGCCGCAAAUUGAAAGUCCUGGAGUUGUCUACAAAUGUGAUUUUGCUACAAAUGCGCAGUGCUCAGAGUUGGAACUUGACAAAAAAGGGAACAUUAAUGGAGAUCAGAAAGAAAAUGGUUGGUUUGGAGUCUCUGUCAUGAGUGAAGGGCAUGAUGCUAAUGUUAUGGCAUGCUCUCAUCGACUACUUCAUAUAGAAGGAUCUUUUUAUACCUACCCGGGUCGUUGCUUAAGGGCAAUAAUUGAUGAUGGAAAUCCAUUUAGGACUAAGACACAGGAUUACUGUGAAUUAAGGAAUCAAAUGGGCACUGUGGAAUCUUGGUUGUGAGGUCAAUGUCCCAGCCCUGAUUACCAGGGGUAGGUCAA